CUGUGUUAUCCUAUCCGAGUAACAGUUCGCACCAGGAGCUUUUACAGAGUGAGCACUUUACUGAGUAUACACCGCUUUCGAGCCUUUAUUCAACCAACAUGGCAACCAGAGAAGUCGUAGAGAAACGAGUUGAAAGAACAGUGGAAACUACCGCAAAGAAAGAAAUCCACCGUCAAGUGGAGAGCAGGGUCUAUCGCGUGUAUUGUGGAUGCUGUGACUUGCUAUGGCCCGUAACGACAAUCGAAGGCUGGUUUAAACUGUUAGAAUUCAUUACUUCCUUCCUAUGUUUUGUCAUUUUGUCGUCCUAUCAUGAAAGUGGCCGUCCUUAUUUCGAAUUCUUGAUAUUUGUGGGCACUACWGCUUGGAUUUUCGUAAUUUUACACAUCUUCUUGAAAGUCACUCACAUCUACGAAAAGUUGCCAUACGURCUCAUUCAGCCAUUGGUCGAGUUUGUGUUGCUUGGAGUUGGGAUUUUCUCCUUUCUCCUCGCUUCUUCGGUGGCUUUUGGUUACGCAUUUAACAGGGAUGUUAUUAUAGCUGCAGCUGCAUUUGGCUACAUUACAAUGGUGUUGUUCGCUGUGGAGUUAGUAUGGAAGUUCCUACGUUACAGACGAAACCCGCCAGAAAGGGAGGCUCCAAGAACGGAAAAUGUCAGGGCUGAUGAGUUUGCCUAUUAGCAUUGAACAUUAGACUAAAGUACMUCGUSCAUGAUCUGUCUUUUCGUGAGGUGUUUGGGAAAAACCGCAAACUAACCGCAUUCAUACCUCAAAAGAAAAGAUUGUACUUGGCUUUGUAUGAUCGACGUGUCAUCCAAUCUGUCACAUUUAGAGAACUUCYGGAUCGAACAAUUUUGUAUGAGUUUCUAUUCUAGUAACUACUUUUAGAUUUUUGAUAAUCGUGGCAUUAAAAGUAAUCACACAUA